AUGUUUACGAAUAGUUCUCACGCGAAUGGCGCCUCUCAAAAGCCGGUCGACGGUCUUAUUCGACAGGUCGCGCAGGCUGCAGAUUCAUUUCAUAAUAGUCAUGAUGAAGCGGAUCGCUUGGCUGCCCUCCAGGCGGCGCAGAAGCUGGUGGAGGCGUUUCAAAAGCCGCAAGAUGCAGUGUAUAAUCUAGCUUACUCGCCCACACAUGUAAUGUGUGUUCGCAUCGCAAUGGACCUUGGUAUAUUCUCCACGCUCAGUGAGCGGAAUGGUCCAGUUACGCUGGAGGACCUAGCAGCCACAAAAGGGGCAGAUCUAGUACUGACUGAAAGAGUGCUGCGUAUCCUUGCAGGGAUUGGGUACGUUGCAGAGCAUGAUGUACGGGUUUAUAUUCCCACAACAAUGACAAGACAAAUGACAGACAGGCUUAGUGGGGCCGUGAACGAUAGCUUUGAUAUUGGUAUGCCUACCUUGGCUAAGGUACCCGAGUUUCUGCGCAUGACCAACUUCCAAAACCCAUCAGGUGCUGUGAAAGGCGCAUUGCAGUAUGCGGAGAAGACAGAAAUGUCGCUUUGGGACUGGGUGCCGACAAAACCAGGUUUCUUGGACGCUUGCAAUACUUUCAUGGAAGCGGACCGCGGGAGCCGCCCUAGCUGGCUUGAAUGGUUUCCUGUCAAGGAGAGGAUUAUAGACGGAUUUCAUCAGGGUGAAAGUAAUGUCCUCCUGGUAGACGUAGCAGGUGGACGCGGCCAUGAUUUGGUCGCUUUCGAGUCCAAGUUCUCCGAAGUACAAGGGCGGCUCAUCUUGGAAGAUCUGCCUCACGUUGUGGCUGAGGCUACCCAGCAUCCAAAGAUCGAACAUGUAUCAUUUGACCUAUUCCAGGCGCAGCCAAUCCAAGGUGCGCGUACCUAUUACAUGAAAUUCAUUCUUCACGACUGGUCAGACGAGGAAAGUCGUCAGAUCCUGAGUCAUCUCGCAGCAGCCAUGAAAAUGGGAUACUCCAAGUUAAUCAUAGAGGAGUUUGUAUUGGCAGACAAAGACUGUGCGAUGCUGCCAGCAAUGUGGGACUGGGAGAUGUUGAUCUUCUGUAACAGCAUGGAGCGAACAGCUAGCCAGUGGACGAAGGUUCUGGAUUCGGCUGGCUUCAGGGUUGUGAAAUUCUGGGCACCACCCGGGGACGGACAGAGCAUCAUCGAGGCCGAGUUGAAAGAGCCUGCUGAACCUGAGAGUAGUAGAUUAGCCCUGUCAAGCCAUAUAUAA